AGGGAUUCAGGAAGGUUGAUACAGAUCGCUGGGAGUUUGCAAAUGAGGGAUUCUUAAGAGGUCAGAAGCACCUGCUUAGUAGUAUUAGUCGCCGAAAACCUGUCAGUGGACUUGAUCAACAGCCUCAGCAACCACUUGGACAGAGUUCAUCGGUUGCUUGAGGAAGAGGUUGAGCAGCUAAAAAGGGACAAGAAUGUGCUUAUGCAGGAGCUUGUCAGGUUGAGACAGCAGCAGCAGUCCACUGAUAGUCAGCUGCACACAAUGGUGCAGCAACUUCAGGGGAUGGAACAGCGGCAACAGAUGAUGUCAUUCCUGGCGAAGGCUGUGAAUAGCCCUGGUUUUUUGGCACAGUUUUUACAGCAGCAGAAUGAGAGCAGCAAGCGCAUAACCGAAGGGAACAAAAAGCGGAGGCUUAAGCAGGAAAGUGUUUCAGAUGACCAUCUCGGCCCUAUGGAUAGACAGAUUGUUAAGUACCAGCCUUUGAUGAAUGAGGCAGCCAAUGCAAUGCUUAGGCAGAUCAUAAAAGUGGAUGCUCAGCAUAUGGAACACCUUACAGAACAGAUGGGGUUUCUUGCAGCGGAAACCAGAAAAGUCUGAUCUCGUUACCAAAUGUACGUGUCUCAAUAUCGUCUCAGGUAAAGCCUGAAAACAAUACAUAGUAGUCUUCUAGCCAUCUUGGUCCUCUUGUUUUGACCAUUGAAAUGGCAGCGAGUAGCCUAAUACCUUUUCUACCCUUUUACCUUGCCUUUGUUUUGCACAUAUGGAGAGAAUAGGUUUUAUUCAACUUUUGUAACUUCUAAUUUCUCUUCACCUCUUCUUAAAGAAAAUUUAACCUUGUGGACACGGCGGUGUUGAAGGCUUAGCUUGUGCUUUGAAUUUUUUUUUUCGACUUUGAUGUUUUGUUCUGGAUAAAUGUUUGCUUUGUUCAAAUGGGUC